GUGAAGGAGGUCAGGGUCAAAGCCUUUCCAGAGAAGCUCCGCGCCGUGAAGAUUACCGAGCGCCAGGUGGAUGAGAAAGGAGAGAAAGGCCAGAAAAAGUUGGACUCGCUCGCAAUGUUCCGGAAAGAGGUCGAGCUUCUAAGAUCCUUGAAGCAUACGAACAUCGUGCGGGUCUGGGAUGUCUAUGAAACAUCCCAUUAUCUCUACGUAGUCAUGGAUCUAUGCCGUGGCGGUGAAUUGUUUGAGAUGAUCAACGAGAUGGAUCGCCUUUCUGAGAGUGACACCGCAGUCAUUGCAAAGCAAUUGCUGGGUGGCAUCGACUACAUGCACAGCAAGGGGGUCAUGCAUCGGGAUAUCAAAGCAGAAAAUGUGUUACUAACCGAGUGGUCAACCACGGCAGUCGUGAAAAUCAUCGACUUCGGGAUCGCUGCGAGGUUUCAGCGCGGAGAGAUGUUCGACAAGAUCUCUGGCUCGCCGCAAUACAUGGCGCCGGAGCUUGUCGGGCAGCGCUACGACUACCGCGUAGAUAUGUGGGCUUUCGGUGUCUUGGUGUACUUCGCCCUCUACGGGCGCUAUCCCUUUGAUGGCAACAACGUCCGAGAGAUUUUACUCACAGUCCUUCAUGGAACCAUUGAAUGGGACAGUGACGUGCCUAUCGAUUCAAAGACCAUUGCCUUCCUCAAGGGGUGCCUAAACAGGAAGCCUCGAAAGAGAACAACGGCAAAGGUUGCCAUGAGCCAUCCUUGGAUCAUGGCUGCUAAGAAGCCUGACGCGGAGAAGCACAGGGAGCCCACUGAGAUCAAUCUCACGAGUGACAUCCUGAACGCGGAUCCAAAGGCCAACAACCAAGGUGACAAAAAAGGGACGCCCGAAAAACCAGCCACCGGCGGCAAGGACGAUAGUGGCGUCAAGAGGAGCGCUCGCGUGCAGCAGGAUGAACAAGCAGCGGCUGCCGCGAUCCAGGACGCCGCUGGCUCCGAAGAACUCCCGCAGGAAGGCCAAGUGGAGUUCAUGCUGGACAGCAAUCAGGCGCUAGAGCUGCAGGGCAUGUACUCCGAUUGGAAGCGACAGACGUCUACGGACAGUACAGCUUCAUCGGCAUCUCAGAUGUACCCAAUGCCCAACGAGAUGGCAGAGGAGGACGAGGACGAGGACGUCAGACAGAUGAAGGCCGAGUUGGAGGGCCUCAACAACAUGGAUUCUCCGGAAGCAGUAGGCUUGCCCCCCAUUUCGCCGCUUCGCAUAGGUGAAGGACCGCGCGCAGGCGGGGGAGCGGGUAACAUGAGCACAUUGGGCGAGUUCAACAAAGUUGUCCCGAAUGGGAUGGGCCCGUCGCCAGCGACCAACGAGAAGGCGUCUUCCGUCCAAAGCUUGAGAUGA